CAGCUGAGAGUGCUGCUGGCCCUUUAAGACUCUCACUGUCGCCUUGGUUGCAGCCAUUGGCAUAUAUAAACGGUUGCAGGCAGCUGAGAGUGCUGCGGGCCCUUUAAGACUCUCAGUGUCGCCUUGGUUACAAUCAGGACGUAACCAUAGACAGAACAGUGUCUUUAGCAUGUCAACAUCUGCGACUUGAAGCAUUUCAGUCUUCCUAUUCUUUCUGUCGUCGACUUUUACAAACUGUAACUCCUCUCUGAUAAAGCAAGAAGAUGAGCGGGAGUGGUGUCGACAUCCAGCCUGUGAGCUGCACCAUCAAACCUCCGGUCUACCUGCACAUCGGAGACACCAAAGCAGACGCAGCUCGCUCCGGUGUUUGUGUUGUAGACAUCACCCUGCCCUUUGGAAAGCCUGUCAACAUUGAGGAAAUCACCUUUAAGAACUACUACACGGCGUAUGUGACGGUGCGUUUGCUGAGGAAGAAUUUGGGGCCGGAGGCCAACGCUAAGUGGUGGACCGCUCUGAGAGACCUGCCGCUGAUGGACAACCCCCACACAGAGGGGGGGUCCCAGGACUACUGCUCCAUCCACAGGACACAGAUGCAGGUGGAGGCGGAUCAUGUGUCGUCUGUGAGACUGAUCCUGAGACAGCCGUCGUCUGCCUGGCUCACCUUCGGCCUCGAACACAUCCAAAUAUUCCCUCACACCGAGCCGGACCCAGAGAAGGAGGUUUCUGAUUGGCUGUCUGACCUGACGCUGGUCGACCAACACCCUGACCUGGAGGGCCUCCCGGACCCCCAGACGGUUUCAUCCAGCAUCCAGCAGAUGUGGGCUCUGACUGAGGUGAUGCAGACCAACCAGACUACAGCCUCCAUCGGACGCUUUGACGUGGAUGGAUGCUACGACAUCAACCUGCUCUCCCUGACGUAACCUGGCCGCUCACUUCUUACUGUACAUGUACAUAAAGCUCACUUUGUGGAAGAUAUAAUGACAGAAAACUAUU